AUGGAAGUACCGACGACGAGCUCGUUGCCAGACAUCUAUCCUGAAGAUGCACUGAAGAGCCAGACAGCACGAUGGAACAGCUUGCUCAGCAAGUUUCAAGAAACAUAUGGAAAGAAGCCGGACUUCGUCGCAAGAAGUCCAGGCAGAGUGAACAUCAUUGGCGAGCACAUUGACUACUGCUUGUACGAAGUUAUGCCCAUGGCCAUAACAGCCGAUGUGCUGCUAGCUGUCGCCAUUCACGAAAAGGAAACGGGUCCUAGCACAAUGCGAUUGACCAAUGUCCAUCCUCACAAGUUCGAAUCACGAGAAUUUCAGAUACCUGACACUGGGGACGUACACAUCGACUCCUCGACACUGGAAUGGACGAACUACUUCAAAUCUGGCCUGCUCGGUGCGACAGAAUUGCUCCGCAAGAAGUCCAAGGACUUCAGAUUGAGCAAUGGUAUGGACAUUCUUGCCGAUGGCACAGUACCUUCUGGUGGCGGGCUGUCAAGUAGUGCAGCCUUCACCUGCGCCAGCGCGCUCGCAGUCGUGAAGGCUAACGGAGUCGACAAUGUCGACAAGAAAGAGCUUGUUGAGCUGGCUGUCGUCUCUGAACGGAAUGUUGGUGUGAACUCCGGUGGCAUGGAUCAAGCGGCGUCGGUCUUUCCAUUGCAAGGCUCAGCGUUAUAUGUGUCCUUCGUGCCUGAGUUGAAGGCGAAGAACAUUGCAUUCCCAGAGCUAAAGUCGCCACUUACUUUCGUGAUCGCACAGUCAUUCGUGGCAGCCGAUAAACAUGUCACGGCGCCGGUAUGCUACAACUUGCGUGUCGUUGAGGUCACAUUAGCGGCGCUUGUGCUUGCAAAGAUCUUUCGACUAUCCGACCUGCCAUCUGACGCUGGACCUUUGGGUGUCAGCUUAAGAGGCUUUCACGACACAUACAUGCAGGAGCAUGAAGGCAUCAAGGACAACAACACUGUGUCUCCUGCAGACUUCCAGCAACAGCUUCAGGACCUGAUCGCGAAGGUCGAUCAAUACCUACCACAGCAAGAAGGUUACACAAGGCAACAGAUCUCCGUGAUCUUGGGCAUGGAUGUGAAAGAGAUGGAGCAAAAGUACAUGAGCAAGUUUCCGAUCCGAGCAGAGCGAUUCAAGCUUCGACAGAGGGCUCUCCACGUCUUCAGCGAGGCAUUACGAGUGCUGAAGUUCAUGGACCUCCUCACAUCACCACCUCCACAGACUGAAAAGGAGAACACAGAGCUUCUCAAGUCUCUAGGUGAGCUCAUGAAUGAAACGCAAGAAUCGUGUAGAGACGUUUUCGAAAACAGCUGUCCAGAGCUGGACGAGCUGUGCACACUUGCCCGAUCUGCCGGUGCUUACGGCAGCCGACUGACUGGCGCUGGUUGGGGCGGCUGCUCUGUACAUCUCGUGCCUGAAGAUAAGGUCGAGAGUGUGAAGCAGAAGUGGAUCAACGAGUACUACAAGAUGAAGUUCCCAGAUAUCACCAAAGAAAAGCUGGAAGAAGCUAUUGUGGUAUCCAAGCCUGGAAGUGGCAGCGCUGUCUUUCAGGUCGAUGGUAGAAGCUCUUUGUGA